UCCCCGCGGUCUCACUGUCUCCGUUCUCCCCAUUGAUUGCCCUGCUCAAGGAGCGGGAAGGCUCUUUAGUUUCAUGAGAAAGAAUCCUAAAGGAGAGAGGUGCAAAUAGGGGAGAGCCAGUGCGAGGAGCUGGAGGUCUGGACAGGAGCGGGGACACGGCAGGGGAAGUCGGUGGUGUUCGGAGGGAAAGCUCUUGGGAGAGAAAGGACGUGCUUUGAAAAGGCUGGAAUCUGCUUCCUGUAUUUCAGAGGAAGGUAAAUGACUUUGUGCCCACAUGUGGACAAUUAAUAGACGGAAGCACACGGAGGCUGCAACACUCGGUCAACAAAAGCUCCUGAUCUGUGUUCAGAGGCGCUGAGCUCCCUCCGUCAGCCCAGGGGCUGAAGCCGCAGCCCAAAGAAGCCCAAGGCCUGGUGCCCUCGGCCCCGUGCGCUGGCUAUCGGUGUGUGCCCGCGGCCCUGCAGGGGCUGUGGGGCGGCAGCUGCGCUGGGUGCCGUUGCUGCAGCCGCCAAUAAAGCGGCCGGGACCGCCGCGUUGCCGCCAUGUUUGCAUCUCGACCGCCCUUUCCGGUUGCCGGGCGCAGCGUCGCUAGCGCAUGCGCACAUUUCCUCUCCUGCCGCCCUCCAGGGACGGGGCCUUGGGCGGGGCCGGCCAGACUGAUCCCAGCAGUGACCACAAUGCCCUCAGCCCUGGAGAGCCCAGAGAGGGGAGAGGAAGAUGUUUUGCACUAUGAGGAAAUAGAAGAUGAUGCUGUCAGCCCCAUGGACCUUUCGGAGCUGCUGAAGGAGGGGACGAAGGAAUCGCACGACCGCGCCGAGAACACCCAGUUUGUCAAGGACUUCCUCAAGGGCCGCAUCAAGAAGGAGCUCUUCAAGCUGGCCACUGUGGCCCUUUACUUCACCUACUCUGCUUUGGAAGAGGAGAUGGAUCGCAACAAGGACAACCCCCUCUUUGCUCCUCUGUAUUUCCCCGUGGAGCUUCACCGGAGAGAAGCUUUGGCCAAAGACCUCAAUUAUUUUUAUGGGGAAGACUGGAAAGAAAAGAUCCAGUGUUCAGAGGCAACUCAGCAGUAUGUGGACAGAAUCCAUCAUGUGGGACAACACGAGCCAGAGCUGCUGGUGGCUCACGCUUACACACGCUACAUGGGGGACCUCUCAGGUGGCCAGGUGCUGAAGAAGGUAGCCCAGAGGGCCCUGAAGUUGCCCAGUACUGAGGAAGGGAUCCAAUUCUAUGUGUUUGACAACAUUUCCAACGCACAGCAGUUCAAGCAGCUUUACAGAGCAAGAAUGAAUGCUCUGGACUUGGACAAGAACACCAAGGAAAGGAUCGUGGAAGAGGCCAACAAAGCCUUCAGAUUUAACAUGCAGGUGUUUGAUGAGCUGGACAAGAUCGGCAGGUCGCUGGGAGAAGAAGCCCAAGAUGGAGGCUUUCCAGUCCACGAUGGAAAGGGAGACAUCCGCAAAUGCCCUUACUAUGCAGACAAACUGGGCACAGCAAGCCCCAGCUGCCCCUUCCACGCUGCUGUGGGCCUGGCCAGGCAGCCCCUGGUGCAGCUGGUGCUGGCAGCCUGCAUGGCCGUGGCAGCGGGAGCUGCAGCCUGGUACAUCCUGUGAUGGGCACAGUCCAGUGUGGCUCUGCUUGGGGGCAAGGGCAGAGAUGUGCCCUGCCUGCUUUCCGACCCUUCCCUUGCUGGUGGUGAGUUGGCUGCAGAGUGUGGAGUAAGGAAAUGAACAGGAAUCCCCUAGGACUGUCCAAACCUCCUUGCACAGCACUGUAACACCUCCUUAGCUGACUAGUGCACGGGACUGCUCAGUGCCAGGGCGUGAGGACUCCACUGCAGCACUGCCCUGCCCAGGCCAGGGCAGCUUUUAAGGCUAGAGAUGUCCUGUCCUGUCCUGGCAAGGGCUUCACAUGCUUGGCUUUUCAUCUCCAUCCCUGAAGCAGUGUCUGGAGGGGGUUUCCUGCCCUGGGUUGCGUCUGCAGAAUGUGUCAUCAGCCUUUCAAACAACGAGCACUUGCUUUCCUACCCUGAGAAGCUGAGGCUGUGCCAGGGGGCUGUUAGCUCAGAGGAGUGUCCUGUUUGGUGCAAUGGCUGAGGAACCAAGUUGGAGGGAGCUUCCUGGGGAUGGGGGCAGGACCAUGGUGGGGUAUGGAGGUGACAGAUCUGUAUUGUGCAACUUUGGGGUUGACGGUUGGUUGUUGGUUAUUUCUCCUGAAGCCUUGAUUGGAAUAAAAAGUUGCAAUGCUGUA